AUGAGCCAAGAAGACCCAAUUACUGUCGACCAGGUCGAAGCUCUUGCUCGCAAGAAGCUCCCCCGCCAGGUUUACAAUUACUACGCAUGUGGCGCGGAUGAUGAAACAGCAGUCGCCAGGAACAUCGCAGAUUUCAAUAGCCUUUAUAUUCUCCCCAGAAUUCUGCGUGAUGUAUCAAGAAUCGACCUGUCAGUUGAAGUCCUCGGUCGCCAUUUCUCGCUUCCGAUUGGGAUUGCGCCCAGUGCUAUGCAGAAAUUAGCCAACCCCGAAGGCGAACUUGACGUUGCAAGGGCAGCUGCAUCCACAGGAGUGAAUAUGACUCUCUCGUCAAACUCUACCACUUUGCUCGAAGACGUCAUCUCCGUUAGGCAGAAAGGUGAUACUGCUGCACCGUUCUGGUUCCAGAUCUACCUGACUGCCGAUCUAGAGCUAAGUGUUCCACUAAUAAAAAGAGCGGAAACUGGGUACGAGGCGCUCGUCCUUACCGUGGAUACUCCCGUCCUCGGGAACCGGAUUAAUGAGCGACAGCAACCACUCGUUCUUCCGACCGGGAUCAGUCUCGAAAAUCUCCCGCCAGUGAGAGAAGAAGACAAAGGGAAACCAAGCUUCAAUCGCCGUCUGAUGGAUGCACGGACGGCGAAGCAAGCCAGCGAAGUACUACAAGAAUACGGGGACAGGACCAAUAAUGCUGCUCUUACGUGGAAAUCAGCCAUUGAUUUCCUUCGCCGAACCACCACGAUGAAAAUUAUUCUCAAGGGGGUCCUCGCCCCCGAAGACGCUUUGCUUGCGAUCGAGUAUGGCGUUGAUGCUAUCGCUGUCUCGAACCAUGGUGGUCGCCAGCUUGAUUGCGUCCCGUCCACCAUCAAAGCGUUACCCGACAUCGCGUCGACUGUGAACCGCCGAAUCCCGGUCAUUUUUGACGGAGGAAUCCGUCGCGGAAGUGAUGUCUUCAAAGCGUUGGCUUUAGGCGCAGAUUAUGUCUUGGUUGGACGACCCGUGUUAUGGGGUCUGGCUUACAAGGGCAAAGAAGGUGUUGAAAAUGUGCUGAAUAUCCUCGAACGAGAGUUAAGCCGGACGAUGGGGCUAGCAGGGGCUCCUUCUGUCAAAGAAAUAAACACUUCGUAUCUUCGUCAUGACCUCGAGGGACGCCUGAGCAGGCUCUGA